AUGUUUUUCAUUUUUGCUAUCGUUCUUGUGGCUUUUAUUUUUGCUGACUUACAGAUUUUGGUUUUGUUGUUUUUGUCUUCUUUUUUUCUUCAUUUGGCUCCGCUUCCAAUACUCGAUUAUGCAUUUUUCCUUCUCUUUUUUUUUUGUAUUAAGCUGCUUUGCUUUAUUCGUUUUUCUACCUUUCUUUUUUCUUCUUUUCUUUUCACUAAGCUGACUUGCUGUGAUCUUUUUUUCUUUAUUCUUUCCUUUUUUUCUUUCACUAAACUUAGAAGGACUUUUUAUAAGUUCUUUAUAUUUUCUUUCACUGUGCCCUUUUUCUUUCUUUCUUUCUUUCUUUCUUUCUUUCUUCCAAUAAGCUUACUUGAACUACAUUUUCUUUCUUUCACUAAGUCUUUUCUUUCUUUCACUAAUUCCUUUCUUUCUUUCACUAAGUCACUUAUUCUUUCUUUCUUUCUUUCUUUCUUUCAAUGUCCUUUCUUCUUUUAUUCUUUUUUCACUAGGACAUAUCUUCUUUCACUAAAUGUUUUCUUUCUUUCUUUCUUUCUUUCUUUCUUUCUUUCACUAAUUCCUUUCUUUCUUUCACUAAGUCCUUUACUCUUUCUUUUUGUCGCUGUUUCUCUUUCUUUCUUUCUUUGUUCAUUUUUUUUUACUAAACUUACAUUCCGUUCUUUCUUUUUUUCCUUUCUUUUUUUCCUUUUUACACGAAAUUACAUGCAUUUUUUCCUUCCUUCUUUUUUUCCUUCCUUCUUUUUUUCUUUCCUUCUUUCUCUAUUUUUACUCCCUCUAAAGUUUUCUUUCCCUUUUUCUUAUUUUUCACCAACCUUCAACGCCUCAAUCUUUCCCUCGUUCUUUUCUUUUUUUCCUUUCUUUUCUAUAAAAUCGCUUCUCUUUGUUUUCUUCAUAUUGGACAAGUAUUACCUUUUUAUCUCUCUCUCUCUCUCUCUCGCUCUCUCUUUCAUAUAG